AUGACAGAUGAAAAUCAACUAGCUGUCUUUGAGGAGGAUACGCCUCGCACUCCAAUUCAUUCUCAAGCACCGGCUAUGCAUGCGCCACCACCACACGUGCCCCCUAAAGGCGUGUCACCAGCACAUCGGGGAGCUUCCCCGACUCAUCUUCCGCCACCUGCAUCUUCGGGCCCACACCCGACAUAUUCUGGAGGGCAGCCAUCUUCUACAGCUGAUGAUCGUGCACGUAUUGCAGUACUUGAGAGCACGGUCAAUCAACCGGCUGCCACCAUGGCUACCAAUAUGGCCGAGCUCAUGACCCUACUCAAAGGCCCAAAUCGCGCUUCUUCGAGCUUCACCCCACCUCCUGGGUAUGGGCCAGCGGUCAACCCAAGCCCACGGGCCCAGCCGACCUUGAUCCCCGAUAAUGGAGAUACGUCUGCCCCAACGAUAGUGAACGCGCCGGCGGCCCAUCUGGUUAACAAUCUUCCAGCACCACCUGCUUCAGCGACAAUGUUGGAACCGUCUAUGCUAGUACCUCCACCGAUCUCCACGUCAGUCCCGGUUCCGGUCUCUGCAUCGGUCCCAGCUCCGACUUCCGCUGUCCCACAGCCGAUCAUAUUCCUGCCUACAACUGCCCAGGCUCCUACUCAUACUGCUGAACCUCCCCCAUACCAAGCUCCACAACCCCAUAUCGGCCUUUCUUACCAAACUCCACCUCUUAUAAAUAUAGCUUACUCUGAACCAAGCACGCCGAACAGGCGGCUCCCGCCUCGAUGCCGGUGA